GUGGGUCCUGUCUCAUAAGCCGGUGCGGAAGUAAUCGCAUCAGCAUGAAGAAGGGCUCACUGGAAGGUCAGGUUUUACAUAAUUAUUGUGCAGUACAAUUAAGUCCUUUGUUUUGCCCAAAAAGUUUGACUUAUGGUCAUGUUAUAACUUGCUUUACAACCUAGGGCGUGUCAUGCGCUAACGAUAUUUCCUGGUGCGGAAAGCGAACGGUCGUCGAUUGCGCAACUACAAAUUACGUGUUUAUUUUGAACACUUGGGCGCAACUUGUCUAAUCAUGGCCGGGUCAAAAUGCGUCCGACUGAGCGGCGAACUGGCGAAACAACUGCUGGCCUCUGUGGACAGCGUCCUGUUUGACUGCGACGGGGUCAUCUGGAGGGGGGAUCAGGCCAUCCCCGGUGCCCCUCGAGUCAUCGAGCUGCUCAAGGAACACGGAAAGAAAGUCUUUUUCGUGACCAACAACAGCACCAAGACAAGAAAGAUGUACGUGGAUAAAAUGUCCACGCUGGGCUUUAACGCGAGCGAGGACGAGGUGUUUGGGACCGCGUACUGCUCCGCCAUCUACCUGAAGACGGUGUGCAAGCUGCAGGGAAAAGUGUACCUGAUCGGCAGCAACGCUAUGAAGCAGGAGCUGGAGGCGGUUGGCAUCCAGCAAACCGGUCUGGGACCGGACCACAUCUUCGGCAAGCAGACCGACUGGGCCAACGUGCCUCUGGAACCCGACGUGAAGGCGGUGCUGGUCGGGUUUGAUGAGCAUUUCAGCUACAUGAAGCUGAACAGAGCCUUGCAGUACCUCACCCGAAUGGACUGUUUGUUUGUGGGCACCAAUAGAGACACCAGGCUGCCUCUGGAAGGGGGCACGGCAGUUCCAGGUACGGGCUGCCUUCUGCAGGCAGUUGAGACCGCAGCCCAGCGCCAGGCCGCCACAGUGGGCAAACCCAGCCGCUUCAUGUUUGACUGCGUGGCCUCCAAGUUCCACGUGGAGCCCGGCCGCUGCCUGAUGGUGGGCGACCGCCUGGACACGGACAUCAUGCUGGGUUCCAAUUGCGGCCUCAAGACGCUCCUCACCCUCACCGGCGUCAGCACGGUGGCCGAGGCUGAGGCCAAUCAGAAGAGCGGCUGCUCGGAGAGGCAGGGAAUGGUGCCCGAUUAUUACGUGGAGAGCAUUGCGGACUUGCUCCCGGCCCUGCAGGGAUGAAGGACUCUUGGGAUCACUUCAGGUCCAUCAUCAUCCAGUUGUCUCGGUUAUAUUCAUGAUUUAUCAUCUUUAUGACACAACUACCAUCAGCUUUUUAAGAUUUUAUACAGAAUUGUCCGUUUCAAGGUGCUACUUGAACCGGUGAAAAAAAAUGUCAAAUCAGUUUAAUGCCAACUGGUUUAGCAUGAGCCGGAAGACACAGUAACUUUUAAAUAGUUCUCAAAUGUAAUUUGAUUCUGAAUUCUACGAGAAGCCAAGUUCAGUGAGGGUAUUUUGGACCACAGUCGUUAGGGACUUGCUGGUGCAGCCUGUAAAUCACGAGUUAAACUCCUGUCACAUGUUAUCAUAAAUGAUUACAUAAUUAGUAGGGGUGGAGUAAAAUUUCCUUUAUCCAAAUCUAUAUGCAGUCUUUUAUAAAUUGAAAUGUUCAAAUCUUUAAAGGAGUAUUGUUGAAAGCGUUCAGGGUUAUUGUGUCAAACUGUGGUAUGCUAACCCGGUACUAGCUUCUUUUCACAAGUUACAAAUUAGUGUAUUUUUUU